AGAAUAUGUUAUAUGAUUCCAAAUGAAAAAGAUGAAUCACGUGGACCUUAUAUACAUCAAUAUUAGUUCUAUUUAUGGUACAAAAUUAGGAAUAAGAAGGAAUUAUAUCAAAAAUUACUUUAAAUAGUAAAACAAUUUAGGAAUGUAAAUUUCUCCUAAUUUGUUUCCUUAGUAACAUCACCAAUUAUAGCAAAAAACAUAUCUUGUUUAUCAAAGUCGUCCUAUGCGUUAAAUAAAUUGCCAUUUUCAUGCUCCAAGGCACAAUAUUUAAGCAUCGAAAUCUCCAUGUAAUAAUAUCAAAAACGUGUUUAUAAACUCUAAACCAUAAACUGAUCAUCCUCAUAUCAAAAACAUGGCGGCAUUGAAAACAACAAUCUUCAUCAUUUUCGGCUUCUAUCUCUCAUGUACGUUGUUGGUGGGUAUCUUUGGAGUUCAAGCCAAAUUAUGCAAGACAGAUGAAGAGUGUGACCGGCGAUGUCAAGAUGUAGGUGCGAAGUGUAUUCUUGGAAUAUGCCAUUGUUCGCGCCUAAAAGUUGAGACUGAGCCGACCAAGGCGAGAAGAUGCAAGACUGAUAGUGAUUGUCCUGAUUCUCAUCAAUGCCUUAAAGAUUAUUAUUAUGCUUGCCUUAAUAAUGGAGAAUGUACUUGUAUCUCUGUUUGAAAAACUUUAAACCGUUAUUGUUCUGAUUCUCAUCAAUGCCCUCUAUUAUAAUUCUUUUAAGGUCAAA